GCGAAGACAUGUGUUUACCUUGUUUGUCUGUCUGUCUGCUGUUGUGUAAACCGUCUUUUUAAUAGAUUUGCGAUGAUUUGGAAAAGUUACCAGCAGUUAUUUGGAAAAAUAAACAAGAGAGUGUUUUUUCAGUUGAGUAAUACAUGGCGACAUGCUUCUGUAAUAGUUCACAAGCCAGUUGAAAAAAUUAGGAACAUUGGCAUUUCUGCUCAUAUAGAUUCUGGGAAGACAACGCUGACAGAAAGACUCUUAUAUUACACUGGCCGUAUAGAUGAAAUGCAUGAAGUCAGAGGUAAAGAUCGAGUAGGAGCAAAAAUGGAUUCUAUGGAAUUAGAAAGACAAAGAGGAAUCACCAUACAAUCAGCUGCAACUUAUGUACAAUGGAAAGGUUUUAAUAUAAAUAUUAUAGACACUCCUGGCCAUGUUGACUUUACUGUUGAAGUAGAACGUGCCUUAAGAGUCUUAGAUGGUGCAGUUCUUGUAUUAUGUAGUGUUGGAGGUGUACAGUCUCAAACAAUGACUGUUACUCGUCAAAUGACACGUUACAGUGUACCAUGUGUCGCAUUUAUCAAUAAACUAGACAGAAUGGGUGCUGAUCCUAUGAGAGUUGUUUCACAGAUGAGGUCAAAGUUACAGAAGCACUGUGCAUUGCUUCAGCUCCCUAUAGGAUAUGAAAGUGAUUUUUCUGGUGUUGUAGAUAUUAUCAAACGUAAAGCUUUAUAUUUUGAUGGAGAGUGUGGAGAAACUGUAAGAGAAGCUGAACCACCUUCGUCUAUGUUAGAUCAGAUAGAAACUUACCGACAAGAACUCAUAGAACAUUUAUCCAAUGCUGAUGACGCUAUUGGAGAACUUUAUCUUGAAGAAAAACCAAUAAGCAUUGAAGAUAUAGAGGGUGCAAUCAGACGUUCAUGCCUGCAAAGAAAAUUUACCCCAAUAUGCCUUGGUUCAGCACUGAAAAACAAAGGAGUGCAGCCAUUAUUAGAUGCAAUUGUCUCUUACUUGCCUAAUCCAUCUGAAGUGGAAAAUUAUGCUUUCAAAGAAACUGAAAAUGGAACACAAAAGCUUCUCAUGGAUCCAUCAAGGGAUGGAACUAAGCCAUUUAUAUGUUUAGCUUUCAAGCUUGAGGCUGGAAGGUAUGGUCAAGUAACUUAUUUACGAGUUUAUCAAGGCAAACUGAAAAAAGGAGAAUAUCUGUAUAAUUCAAGAACUGGCAAACGUCAUAAAGCAUCUAGACUUGUCCGAAUGCAUGCAGAUGAAAUGCAAGACAUUGAUGAAGCUUAUGCUGGAGAUAUAUGUGCUGUAUUUGGCUUAGAUUGUGCUACUGGAGACUCUUUUGUCACAGACAAAAAUUUAAAGCUUGCAAUGGAAUCUAUGUAUGUGCCAGAUCCUGUUAUCUCCAUGUCUAUAAAACCAAAAAACCGAACAGAUGUUGAGAAUUUUUCGAAAGCUGUAAAUAGGUUCACUAAAGAAGAUCCUACUUUUAAGUUAUAUUUCGAUACUGAAAGUCGAGAGACAGUUGUGUCAGGUAUGGGUGAACUUCAUUUAGAAAUAUAUGCCCAGAGGAUGGAGCGAGAAUAUAACACACCUGUUAUACUAGGCAAGCCAAAAGUAGCUUUUCGGGAAUCUUUAAUUGCGCCAUGUGAAUUUGAUUAUUUACAUAGAAAGCAAAGUGGUGGUGCUGGUCAAUAUGGUGGUGUUAUUGGGAAAAUGAGGCCUUUGCCACCUUCUAAGAAUACUGAAGUAGUGUUUACUGAUGCCACAACUGGUACAAAUAUUCCAAAGCAAUUUAUACCUUCAAUUGAGAAGGGAUUUCGCAUGAUGUGCGAAAAAGGCUCAUUAAUAGGACAGAAAAUUUCUGGAGUUGAAUUUGUUCUUAUUGAUGGCUCCCAUCACAUUGUUGACUCUAAUGAAAUAGCAUUUAUAUCUGCUGCACAAGGUGCAGUACAACAAGUAUUUGAUUUUGGGCAGUGGCACGUAUUAGAACCUAUAAUGUUAGUAGAAGUAAUUGCUCCAUCAGAGUACCAAGGCACUAUUAUAACGCAGCUUAAUAAAAGAUCAGGAGUUAUAUUAUCUAUGGAUACUGUAGAUAGUUGGGCAAUUGUCAAUGCUGAGGAAGAAGCAGCAUCCCGCUGUGAUCUGGUCUGGCUUCUUGUAACAGGUCUUCUGGAAAUAUUGGGCUUUCUUUCAUCAUCUAGUUGUACUUUUGAAUCAAGAUAG